GACGAGGGGGGACAGGCUCAUUUGGGUUAAUGUGCUUGCGUGUUCUGUAUAUAAAGGGGCUUCUGGUGCUUGCAAGGUACGCCACUGUCCUGCAAGUGCUUCCACGUGCCACAUCCACCGCCAACAUGAAGCUGAUCAUCGUCGCCUGCCUGGUCGCCAUGGCCUUGGCUGCUCCCAGACCCGAGGACGACGUCUCCAUCUUGAGAGACGACGCGGUCGACCAGGGCGACGGAAACUUCAACUACAACUUCGAACUGAGCGACGGCACCGCCAUAGGAGCUGAGGGAACCCCCAACGAUGCGGGCUCCGUCAACAUCGAGGGAUCUUACAGAUUCACUCUUCCUGACGGGGCAGUAGUCGAAAUCACCUACGUGGCCGACGAAGCCGGUUUCAGGCCCCAAGGGACGUCAUCCCCACCCCCCACCACUCCCCGCACGCCAUUGAGCAGAUUAGAUUCGCCGAGGAGCAGAGAGCGGCAGGAGUGACUUUCGAUUAAAGGAUUCGAUCCUUCGUCGUCGGCGUCCUUCGGAAAUUGGGAUAAAUGAAGAGUUAUCUUCGCGAUCCUGAAAAUCACUCAAGUUAUAGGCCUAAUCCGUUUCAUUCUUUGGUCCCAUCUUUAUUUAGUCUCAUUGAAUCUGUGAAGUCCUUAGGACCCUAAAUCAUUUCAUUGGGAUACUCGUUCU